UCGCUUGUCAGCAUAAGGGAAGGGGCUUAAGCGUCUGCUAUAUCUUAGCAGAUCAGAGUCUACCAAGUCCAGUCCUGGACAGCGAAAGCCCAUAUGAAUGGCGAGGCACGAAAAUCAUUACCAAGCCGGGUAAGCGCGAGAAAAUAUCACUUGGAAUUCCCUGCUCCUGAUUCAGAAGCUGCACUCUUAAUUUCUCGAGGCGCCGUGAUCACCUGACGAGCGUGAUGGUGAUUAAGAUACCUGCCAACAAGGUCUUCAUCUUGGUGGUGAUGGUGGUGAUCUUCGUGAGCUUGAGUUCCGAAGACGUGGACGCAUCGUCCCGAGAGUUAUUCAAAAGCCCGGGAAUCACGAUCGUGACGGCGGAGGAAGAUGUCAAAUCCUUCGAGAUGUCUGAACUUCCGACGACUUUCAAGCCAGGCGAUCUCAAGUCUAGACAUCAAGAGUUUCGUCGAAGACACAAGAGGCCUCUGAAGGGAGAACGGUCUACUCUGGGCAGACUGCUUGCUCCUGAAGACAGCACGGAACCGCCGUCUGAUGGCCCUGACUCAGGGGCCAUCAGAAAAGAAACAGAGUAUUCUGGACCCUGAAGGAACAAGCUCAUGGACCCUCCGGGGUCCUGAGGGCCCAUGAGUGCUAGCUUUUCUUGUGCCGGGAGAGAAUUAGUCCAAUCAUUUAUCGAAUAUAAAUAGACAACACCCACCUCAUGAUACAUACGUAUUAAUAUUCACGAUAGAAUACGAUCAGACUACAGCAAAUAUAUGCUUUCGUAUUCUACAAAAAAAAUUCACAGAAUUGUGCACGUGACAAAAGCUCUCGUGACGUAAAUACUCCGCUGAUUCUACUACCGAUGUGAUUACAUCAACUUGAAUAUGCUGUUCAUCGAGUCCCUACUCAUUCUUAGCUAUGUGUCUAGCGUCCAUCAUCUUUGCAAGUCGAUAAUUGCAGUGCUUCUGCAAGACAUCCCC